AAUAUAUUAAAUUGAUGUGGAUGGCAAUGGUCUGUUUUGGCAUUUAAGUAAUUAUUAUAAAAAAAGGGGAUAUUUAUGUAAUUAAAUGCAAUAAAAGUGCAUCUGGCUGCCGCUAAGAUUGGAACUUAGAACCCUACCUUGCCAGCCCAUCGGGCCCGCCGCCGUUAGAAACCCUACCGGGAUUUUAGUUGCCCUAUAAAAGUACAUUGAUCUGGGAGAUUUUCUCCUCCAUCUGCCUCUUCUGGGAAAAAUACACAGUUCAUUCUUCACGAUUCUUUGCAAUUGUCUCUCAAAAAAUAGAAAAAAGGGAGAAGAAUUCAGAAACUUUCAUGCAAAAAAUUAAGUGCUCAAGAUGACUUUCAUAGACAUUGUGGAUUUAUCUAGUGGGGAUGAACUUGUUGAGUUUGAUGUAAAACCAGCAAAGUUAAAAUCAAAUUUGGUUGGGAGCAUAAUGCAACAAGAAGAGAAUAAUAAAGCCCGCCUAUCUACGAGUCAAACAUCAACAACUAAAUGUGGAAGACAAGAAUUUGAUGAAAAUAGGAGCCCAAACGCUUGGAGCACUGGUCAUAGUAGCUCUAGUAUGUUGGAUCAAGCGCAUUCCCCAGUGGAUGACAUAGGCCUUUCUUCCUCAUCACCUAUAUGUCAAGCUCCAAUAUGUCGACAAUUUUGGAAAGCUGGGAACUAUGAUGGUGGCCUUAGUUCUAAAGUCACACUUCAAAAUGGGAAAAAUUGUCUGCAUGUUCAUCCCAUGUUCCUUCAUUCAAAUGCCACUUCGCAUAAGUGGGCCUUUGGUGCUGUCGCAGAACUGCUUGACAAUGCAGUUGAUGAGAUCCAAAACGGAGCGACUUUUGUUGCUGUGGAUAAAAUUUUGAAUCCAAGAGAUGAAAGUCCAGCAUUGUUGAUUCAAGGUGUUGUGUUUAUGCAACGUCUUCUACCAAAAUAUGAUGGUGAUGGGAUGGAUCCUGAGGCUAUGCGAAGGUGUAUGAGCUUUGGAUUUUCAGAUAAGAAUUCAAAUUCUGCAAUUGGACAAUAUGGAAAUGGCUUCAAGACUGGUACUAUGAGACUUGGUGCAGAUGUUAUUGUCUUUAGCCGCCACCUGGAUGAAAGGAUAUUGACUCAAAGCAUUGGCCUUCUUUCAUAUUCAUUCUUGACAAGAACAGGCUAUAACAGAAUAGUUGUACCUAUGGUUGAUUAUAAAUACAACACAUCAACGGGAAGUUUGGAAAUAUUGCAGGGUAGGGAGCAUUAUAUGUCUAAUCUUUCCUUGCUGUUGAAGUGGUCCCCUUAUUCAACUGAGGCAGAGCUUCUGAAGCAAUUUGAUGACAUUGGAUCUCAUGGGACAAAAGUUAUUAUCUACAAUUUAUGGUUUAAUGAUGAUGGGCAUGCAGAGCUAGAUUUCGAUUCAGAUCCUGAGGAUAUUUGCAUUAGUGGGGAUACAAAAAAAUUUGACACAUGUCCUGCUUGGAUACCCAUAAAUGAACAGCACAUUGGUAACAGAUUCCAGUACUCUCUCCGGGUAUAUUUGUCCAUCUUGUACUUGCAGAUACCGGAAAGUUUCAAUAUAAUACUGCGGGGGAAAGUUGUUGAGCACCACAGCAUUGCCAAUGAUCUCAUAUUUCCAGAAUGUAUCUUGUAUAAACCUCUAACUGGAGAGGGUCAAGUCAUUACUACUAUUGGAUUUGAUAAAGAAGCCCCUCUUGUACAGAUCCACGGAUUCAAUGUAUACCACAAAAAUCGUUUAAUUCGACCAUUUUGGCAGGUCUUGAGGUAUACACAAAGUAAGGGGAGGGGAAUUAUUGGUGUUCUGGAAGCAAAUUUUAUCAAGCCAACUCACAACAAACAAGAUUUUGAAGCAACUUCACUUUUCAGGAAACUUGAAGUUCGCUUGAAGGAAAUGGUAGGCGAAUACUGGGAUUAUCAUUGUGGAUUAGUUGGGUAUCAGCAGUACAAGAAGCCUAAAGCACCAACUAAAGCACAAGUUUCAAGUGGUGAACAACCAAUCAUAGCACAAGCUUCAAGUGGUGAACAACCAAUCAUAGCACAAGCUUCAAGUGGUGAACAACUUUUCCCAUUUAAUGAUGCUUCCACUGCUGUUUGUGCUUCAAAAGUGGCACUUGAGAGACCUGAACAAUCAAAUCCCAACUCCCAAAGCAGAUAUGGGCAAGGACAACAGCUGAAAAGGAAGGCACAUGGUGAUUUUGUGGAAGUUGAAAUGGUGAAAAGGCAGGGAGUGAAAGAAGUCAAUGUGGCUGAUCCUGGCCAGAAUCAGGGUAUUCAGCUUAUGAAUACUAGUGGACAACAGCUGGAAGACCAAGAAACCAUGCCUUUGAUACAAGAAAACAAGAAGCUCCGUGCAAAAUGCUUGGAAUAUGAAAAGGAGGAGGAAGAACUUCUUCUCAAGGUGAGUCAACUUAACAGUGAAAUAAAGGAGGUUGAAAAUGAAUACUCGAGGCUGUUGGCUGAAUUUCAGUCCCUAGAGCCAGCAAAGGAGGAAAAAGCUUGGUGUGACCAACAGUUCGUCAAUCACCAACAGGAUUUUACAGCAGAUCGGUUCUUGAACAUCCACCGGGAUUUUAUAGCAAGAUGAGUUGAUUGCAACUGAAAACGUGGUUAAUAUGAUAUAUAUAUAUAUAUAUAUAUAUGGAAAAUCAGGCUUCAUCUGUACAAGCUAUGCCUGGUGAUUUUUGACAUAUACACGGUGCAAAUUGUUUCUUUAUGCGAAACCAAAUUUUCAAAUUUUGGCACAGCUAACAUGAAAAAUUUUCAUUGUACAAGCUGUGAACUUAUGUGCAGUCAAAAGGUUCAUUUUUUUUGUUGCUGAGCAUUCUUGGUGUACAAAGUUACCAUGUAAUCAAAGGCUCACUUUCUUGCCCCCAACUUUCAGUGCAGAAGUUUGCCAAACUGUAUAUGCAAUCAAAGAUUCAUCUUCAUUCAUUUUUA